AUGAUAGAGCAUGCUGGGCGCCGCAUCAUCUACUACCGCUCCACGCCAAGGCGCGGGGCGGCAGUGCUCGUCGGCGCUCGCGGCGCUUCGGUGCGCUCGGGCGCGCUCACCAUGCACGGCGUCGGCCCUCCCUCCCCCGGCGUGGCUGGCGAGCCGACCCCUGACCCACUCCCUCCGUGCGGUGCCGCGCUGUGCCACUCCCUCGACCUCGCCUCUGCGUACGGUGCGCAUGGCGUGCCGACUCAUUGCGUCGCCGGCUACGCCAACGCGCUCGACUGGAUUUGCUUCAGCCGCGAGACGCUUCGCGUGGUUGCUGUGGCGCCGCUGCCGCCGAUUGACGAGCUACGGCGCCACAUGGCGAUCCCAAGCGCGGAAUUCCCGUCCGACCACGUCUCUUUGGUCGCAGACCUCGAGUUCUACGACUACGUGAGUCGACAUGAAAUUAAGGCCGCGCUCGAGACGCGUUUAUCGCAAGCGUGGCAUCGGCAUUGCCCAUAA